CGUGUCGGAUGUCAGUCCACAUGGACCCCGGCCCUGGCAACGUAACGCUAUCCCUCUGGCAACGGCGGCCUGCAGCCCUCAGUGGCCAAGGUAACUUCACCAAGUCUACACAAAAUGCCGAUCUUCUCAGACCCCAGCACACAGUACAGAUGACAACAUGAAAGGCAUUGACGUGUCCGAAUACAACUUAGAGGACCUGCUAUCCUAUGAUGACCUGUUCCUGGACUAUUUCAAUGCCUUCCUGCAACUCCCGGCUUUCCCACUACCACUGAGAUACAACCGUCUGACCGCUACCUUUGAGGAGGCGGAGGGUUCCCGUAGCACGGUCACCGGUACCCUGUGUGGAACACCUCCCCCCAUCUGGGGCGCCACAGACGAGGAAAGGGAAAAUGUCUUAGACUGGGCCAAGAAGGAGAGACUACCACUGUUUCUCAGAUCGAGACAUUUCAGGGAGUACAAGUUGUGCAAGCUGCUCCUGAGACGUCUGGACAACAACCGGCAGUCGCUGAGCCGUCAGAGCAGCCGCGGGAUCCGCGGGUACAGCCAGCCAACCAGCAGCCUCGGAACCAGCUCCAGUCUCACCACCACCACAUCCACCGAGGAGGAUGAUGAUGAUGAUGCAGAGGAAGUGGAUGACAGAGGACAUCAUGCCCAACAGCCAGCAGAGAGUUUUGGCAGCUCUAUGGGCUGGCCGGAGAUCAGUAGUGCAAUCUUCAGGUACGCUCGACCUGGGAGCAGGGCCAUCAGCCUACCAGCCAGCAUAUUUGGACAAGCGUACUCAAUGUAUGGCAGUGAGGAGGACGGAGUAACGACCUUGAGCCAGCCCAUGUCCUCCAUCAAGAUGGAGGGGGGAGGGGGGCAGGCAGACAGCAGCAGCCAAAGCUCCAGUCAGCGCAGGAGGGCCACAGCGGGGGACAAGAGGGAUUACGUCAACAAAUAUCCCAACAUGCCCCCAGCUGAAACUCUAGCAGGCCUUGGGCAGAUCAGUGACUCUGGACUGGGAACGACGACCAUUCAGAGUGACUCGCGCACGCACAUAACAACCAGGGAGGGUCUGACCACGAGAGAUGGCAUUUCCAGCAUGGAAGAGUCAGUCAGUCCUGAAAAGGCAGCAGUGUCUAGUCCCAGCAAAGCUCCAGGUGUUCCUGUAGUCCCAGAAGGUGCAAUACCAGAGACAGUGGGUCCCAUGCCCACUCCACAGACCUACAUUGUUACGGGUCAGGACCAGAGACAGGAGGAAGUGAAGAGUGUGGACACUCUGACUCAAGACCAGGAUGACCAGGACAGGACACAGGUGCAACUGCCGCUGGACAGCUUUGCUUACCUGUCACCUGACUAUGAUAGGUUUUACACACCCAACAACAGGACGACAUCAGCCCCAGCUGGCUCCUCGGCCUCACCCUUCAACCUGGCAGACGCCCUGGAGUACUUCCAGAUGUACUAUGACUCUGACGACGAAAGAAGAGAUGGGGAGGAGUACUUAACUUUUGAAGAUGAUGCUGCAAGUGAUGAGAGGACAGAAGAGGAUGUCCGCACCUUGGAGGGAAGAAUACAAACAACUUUGCAUCAGCUCAAGGAGGUUGUCUUGGGGAAGUUGUCUGGGAUGGAGUCUUUCCAUGACUUCCUGUCUGACACGGCAGGAAUCCACCUCUUCAACUUCUGGCUGGACUGUGAGGAGUUUAAGGACAGCAUGGCUGCUGCAGAAGAGACAGAACAGACCAAAACUCUCAGGGCUAGGCUUUUCAGGGAUAUUCAGGACAAGUACAAGUUCAACCUGACACCGGAUGCACAGCAUCAGAUCCGUGUUGCUCAGGAGAACGAGGGCGUGAGCUACACGGUGUUCACCCGUACGCAGUACGACGUGCUACGGAGACUGCGCUCGUACUGGGUACCAAGGUACCUGGUGCACCGGUCUCUCAGUCAGCCACAGGACCAUAGGUUUAAGAAAGCUGCGCCGAUGCUAGUGCGAGAAACCACCGGCCUCUCCUUCCUCCCUUCCAUCACGUUCUCGGCAUCGCUUCCCGUACGCGGUGACGAACUAGCGGAGCUCGCGCACAGCCACAACUGGGAGGUGGUGGCGCAGGGUGGGAGGAGGCUGGACGCGAAGUACGGUCAGGAGAAGAGGAGUAGCGUGGAUGAGAAGGCCCUGGAGGAGAGGGUGCUGGCAGGGCUGGGGGCUGACAGGUCUGCGGGCGGACCCUUCACAAGGUUUCUUGAAAAGUAA